AUGGGUGUCCCAAAUGCCAUUGUUCCCUCCAGUAAUGCUGAUACUUCAAUGGCUGGGGAACUUUCGAUCUUCGUUGAUGGAAACGAACUGUUUGAUCUUGAUACUUUAUUAGGGGAUCCAUUAGUAAGUGGGGUGAUGGAUGAGUGUAAUGGUAACUUGGCUGGAAAUUCUGAGGCUGGCCCUUCAGGAGUUCAUGUGGAAGAGAACAUCAAUGAAGAUGAAUAUUCCAGUGACGCUCCGCAGGGUUCAAUUCUUGGAAAUCCGAUACGAAUUUCUGUUUGGCCUGUGUUACCAUCUCCAUAUUGUUGCACUUGUUGUCAAACACUUCGAGAAUUUUUUCAUAUUAAGGGUACACUUGUGAACAAGCUUGAGAUUCAUGGAAGACUGGGGAUAAUCAGUCACGCAGUGCUUGAUAGAUAUAAUAGUGAAUUCUCUCAUCUAAACCACGAGUACCAUAUGUUUGAUUUCUGCAAUGAAAGCGUAAGCAUUGUAAAGCAAUUCCUAGUUCAGUAUUGUGAUGAUUGUAAAAAACAAGGUUACAUUAUGCUGCAAGAUCCACUCUCAAACUUCUACGAUGCCUUGUGCACUGGACUUGGUGACAAUGGAAAUCUAGACGAUGAUAUUUUUCGUCAGCAAACUCGAACAGGUUCAUUUGAUAGUCAUCUAUGCUUAAUCCUGCCUAUUGGAAAGUGUAUUGCUAUUGAAAGUUACAUUGCAGGGAAUAGCCAAACAAAGCAACAACACAGGGCGAACCAGCNCCGAGCAGGGAAUAGCCAAACAAAGCAACAACACAGGGCGAACCAGCAGGAGGGUGAAAGGAUUGGAGCAAGACGAAGCAAGAGCCACAUUGCAGCACAGAGGGAAAGAACAGGAAAGAUGAGAGCGCAAGAUUUGACGGGAUAUUUCCAUCUUCCGAUUACAGCUGCAUCUAAGGAAAUAAAUAUAUGUCCAACUGCAAUGAAGAAGAUAUGCCGCAAGGGAGGCGUGAGUAGGUGGCCUCAUAGGAAGGUUCUCUCUCACUCUAUUUCUAUCUCUGUGGGUGUGUCGGACUGUGUGAAGUCUAAUCAUAUUAAGGAUUCCAGUCAAGUUUAUACCAGAAACUCUGCUUGUUUUGCACAAAAAUUGCAGAUAAAAAGCAUUCAGAGGCAAAUAGCUGAGAGGAGUAAGAGUUUAAAUUCAAAUGAUGCUGAAGAGAAGGCACGUGCUCUGGCCGAGAUACGGACGCUUGAACAAACACUUGCAAGCAUCGGAUCACACAAAAAUACUGAUAAAGGACUAAUAUUAGCUGUUAUCAAUUCGUUGAGAACUAAAAAUCUGAUUUCUUGGAAUGUCCAAAAUACUACGAUAAAUCAUCAGUUGAAUAGUUUCAAGAAAUUCUACUAUGCGAUGAGGGGCAAAGCUCAGACAGUGGUGUGUGUAAAACAAGUAAAGCAAGAUGCACACGAAGAAUGGGAUGAGAAUAUGCCGUUGCCUGGAGACAUAAUCGAAGGCGUUGCAGAAGAUGCUGAUGCUGAUGACUCGUUCAUGUCAGCCAAGUUGAGGUCAGAACUUAGCUCACAACUCGGGAAAAUAAGCAGAGAGGCUGAUUUUAUCUGGUUGAAGGUAAGGAGGGGAGACAGCACCGUUAAGCUCCAGGUAUGUGUUGUGGCUGAUAGAUGCUCAAAGCUGCAGAGGAAGUUUACAGUCAGAGCAGCCUCGGAUGAAAGACAUAUUGCAGUUUUAGCGGACUUGACUUUUGAGCAAUGCUUUGAACUACAAGGUAAGGGUCAGGUCUCCUUUAGUCAUAAGAGUUAUGAUCUUUGA